UCCAUGGUAGAAGCAAUGGUUGGAGGGUUAAGAUUAACUUUGAAAAUUGUGUAAUGUUAGACUGGCAGAAAUAUUCGAAUCUUGAAUGUAAUAGGAUUUUUUUAUGAUGCUUAAGCCUUCUUACUUGCUCAGAAAAGAUUCAGUAACAGGCAUUGCAAUUAUUUUGCAACAAAGAUUGUACAAAUUUGUAAAGUAUAUAAUGUAAUUUACAUUAUUAAUCAAUAGCUUCAUUACUGCAAGGAUUGAGCACUGAAACAUAAUGUAAUCGUCAGGCGAAAAUGACAUUGAAUGGGAUUAAGUUACUUAUAAUAAUGCAAUCUAAAUAAUGUGGUGUAAUUGUAGCUUCGACGUGUCUGGCUGAAUCAGGAUGGAGAUGUUCUAGCCGAAAUGCUAUCCCUGAGACAUAAUCAUGUAUCGAUACCUCAACUUAGUACCGAUACAGCAAUGACUAAAGCAAUGGAACAUCUGCCAACUCCUUUUGAUGAUUUAGUUCUUUAUCAUUUAAAGACUAUUGCUUCAUUAAGUAAUGAUAACUAUGCUACUUACACUCACCAAAGUAUGGGGGUACAAUGUUUGACAAAAAUUUUACAACUUCAAAAGGAAGAAAAUUGGAUGUUACCUGUCAUGAAUAUAAUGUGCCUGGAGCUAAGGUUAUUGGCAAUCCGAGCUGAGAACAGUAGAACCAACAAAAACAUGAAACCAGGAGAGGUACUUGAGAAAUGUGCAGAAUGUUUAAUGGGCUGUUUUCGAGUUUGUGCAGCUGACAAUCGUAGCUCGGAAGAUGAUACGAAAAGAUGGGGAAUGUUGGUUUUAGUUAAUCAACUUCUAAAAGUAUAUUUUAGAAUUAACAAAUUACAUUUAUGUAAGCCACUUAUAAGGGCAAUUGAUUCUUCUGCAUAUAAAGAUCAUUUUGCACUAGCUCAGCAAAUUACAUAUAAAUUUUUUGUUGGCCGAAAGGCUAUGUUCGACAGUGAUUAUAAAGCCGCUGAUGAGCAUUUGACAUUUGCUUUUGAACGCUGCCAUAGGCAAUCGAAAAAGAAUAAACGAUUGAUCUUGAUGUAUCUUAUACCAGUCAAGAUGUUACUUGGUUUUAUGCCUAAAAGAAUGCUUUUGGAAAAAUACAGCCUUUUAGAAUUUUGGGAACUUGUAGAAGCGGUUAAAAAUGGUGAUUUACGAAGUCUUGAAAGAGUAAUGGACAAACAUGAAACCUUCUUUAUAGGUGCUGGAAUUUAUUUGAUCGUUGAGAAAUUAAAAUUAAUUGCUUAUAGGAAUUUAUUCAAAAAGGUUUAUUUAGUUUUGAAUACCCAUCAAAUUCCUGUUGAAAGUCUGCUUAUGUCUUUGAAAAUGCAUGGUGUAGAAGAUGUUGAUAUGGAUGAAACAGAAUGUCUUGUUGCUAACCUAAUCUACGAAGGAAAAAUCAAAGGCUACAUUUCCCAUCAACAUAAGAAGCUUGUUAUUUCAAAACAGAAUCCAUUUCCUCGGCUUUCUUCAACAACCUGAGAAUGUUUGAAUAUUUUAUGGAAGGAACAAUAAAUUUUUUAAUCAGUU